AUGAACGGGAUAUCCCUUGGAUAUAUUUUUGUUGGCGCCAAAGAGAAACUAGUGAAUGCUGAUAGUCAACAUAAUUUAACGCAUACACCCAAGCACUAUUCGCAAGUGUUAAGGGUAGAUGUUAAUUUUUCUCUCCGCGCUCUACUGUCUGCUAUUAUUGCUACCCCGCAACGAGUCGAGCGGCUUCCGUCGAAUCGUAUCAAACAGUUAUCACAACUUUGUUGGCCUUAUCAAGAGACGCGGUGA